GGAAGGAUCAGUAUCGAUGCUUGCCCAGCAGAACGACCCGCGAACCCGUUUCAAAGAAGGCGGGGCGGGGGUAAGGGCGUCGAGCGAGAGCCUGGGAUCCCCUCCCUCCCCUCGCGCACCCGCACCUCAGGGGCUUGCGCGCGCGCGAAUUGAAACCCUCACUCGCGCCCCCGCUAACGAACCCCGGCGUGGACCAUGCCAAGGAAAACCAACGGGGAGGCCGGAGCUCGCGCACGCGGGCCACGCGCCUCUCGCGACGCUUACGAAAACGACUCUCGGCAAUGGAUAUCUCAGCUCUUGCAUCGAUGAAAAGCGUAGCGAAAUGCGAUACUUUGUGUGAAUUGUAGAAUCCUGUGAACCAUCGAGUCUUUGAACGUAAGUUGCGCCCCAAGUCGUCAAAGCCGAGGGCACGCCUGCUUGGGUGU